AUGCCGCUGAUCGAGCAGCGGUCGCCCGGCCAGGACUCGGUGUACCCGGCCGUCAUAGAAUCGACAACCGCGCAGAGCCAGUGGAUCAGUUACACGACGAGUACCAGCGAGCAGCAGCAAUGGACACCCACCACGUCGUCAACGCCAGAGGGAUGGGUGACAAGUUACACGACGCAAACAGGCUGGUUUACGAGCUAUACCACGACGACGGACUGCGACUGUGAGUGGGGUUCCUACACCACGUCAUCGUCGUCGUGGUGUCCGACCCCCAUCAUCGUCACGCCCACCACGACGAGCGUGAUCCCGAUCGUAACCACCUCGCCCGCCGGCGUCAUCGUCGUCGCCCACCACAGCAAGGGCCUGGCCCCCGGCGUGGUGGGCGGCAUUGUGCUCGGCGCCUUCUUCGGCGUCCUCCUGCUCGUCCUCCUGUGUAUCUGCUGCUCCCGCAAUUACCGCACGCGGCGGUACUACGCCAGCUCCUCGUCCUCGUCUUCCCACAGCCACUCGCCGCGGCGGCGCAAGCCCCCCGUGGUCGUUAUCGACCCGUACCCGAACAGACCCGCGGCGAACCUCACCUUUGUCGGCGGCGGGAACUACCCCGGCACCCGGGUCAUGGUCACCAAGACCCAGAAGAUCUUCAUCAGACCCCCGCCCGUCAGGCAGACCAGGACGGUGCGGGAGACGAGGAGGGAGAAGGUGGUCGUGGUGGAGGACGACGAUUAA